CAGAUAAUCAGCACAAUGGAGACCCAGGUGUCCAAUGGCCCCACAAGCAACAGUUCCCUCCCCAAUGGGCCACUGAUCAGUGCCAAUGGGGCCACUGAUGAUUCCAAAACUAACCUCAUAGUCAACUAUUUGCCCCAGAACAUGACACAAGAGGAAUUCAAGAGUCUCUUUGGAAGCAUUGGAGAGAUUGAAUCAUGCAAACUGGUUCGAGACAAAAUCACAGGGCAGAGUUUAGGCUACGGCUUUGUCAACUAUGUUGAUUCCAAUGAUGCUGACAAAGCGAUCAACACCUUGAAUGGGCUCAAACUACAGACAAAAACAAUCAAGGUGUCCUACGCACGGCCGAGCUCCGCUUCUAUCCGUGAUGCCAAUCUCUAUGUCAGUGGCCUGCCCAAGACCAUGAGCCAAAAAGAGAUGGAGCAGCUCUUCUCACAGUAUGGACGCAUCAUCACCUCCCGUAUCCUUGUGGAUCAGGUCACAGGUGUGUCUAGAGGCGUGGGAUUCAUCCGCUUUGACAAGAGGAUAGAAGCUGAGGAAGCCAUCAAGGGGCUGAACGGGCAGAAACCACUGGGUGCUAGUGAGCCCAUCACAGUCAAGUUUGCCAAUAACCCCAGCCAGAAGACAGGGCAAGCAUUACUCACACACCUGUAUCAGACCACAGCCCGGCGGUACACAGGGCCUUUGCACCACCAGACUCAGCGAUUCAGGCUCGACAAUUUGCUAAACAUGGCAUACGGCGUCAAGAGUCCUCUCUCCUUGAUCUCCAGGUUCUCUCCUAUCACGAUCGACAGCAUGACCAGCCUGGCGGGAGUCAAUCUGACCGGGGCCUCCAGUGCUGGCUGGUGCAUCUUUGUGUACAACCUCUCUCCAGAGGCAGAUGAGAGCGUCCUCUGGCAGCUCUUUGGGCCCUUUGGAGCUGUCACCAACGUCAAAGUAAUCCGCGACUUCACCACCAACAAGUGCAAAGGCUUUGGCUUUGUCACCAUGACCAACUAUGAUGAAGCAGCCAUGGCCAUCGCCAGCCUCAAUGGCUACCGACUGGGUGACCGAAUCCUCCAGGUUUCCUUCAAGACCAGUAAGCAACACAAGGCAUGAGUGAGCAAAUGUGCCUGAGAGAUGGGGGGAGGGGGGAGCCACAGUGUGCUGGAAACAGCCCUCUUCCCCAACUCGCCACAAGAACAGAAAUGUUCAUUGACUCAAAUGUUGCAGAAUAUUCAACCGCCAGACACCGUGAUCUUUGGGAAGCAGGAGGCUCCUCCCCCUCCUUCUCCCCAUGCCCGACAGCCCAGCGGGAAGCACGGAUGCAGCAACUUGUCAGCCACUUCUUGAAAAUCAAACCUGCUCUGACAGCAUGCAGGGGUGACAUCUGCUCAGAAUAGGACACCUUUCUUGUUUCUAUGCUUGGUGACCCCUCCCCCUUUCAAGGCUUUCUUAACAUACAUGCCCAGGUCUGAAGCUUUCUCCAGUUGUCCAUAUGUCUUUCCCUCUAUGAAUUCUACACCUGGAUGGUUCCUUUGGUGGACAGUUUUUCUGACCCUGGAGGAUGAAAAAAAGCACUCCCUGUAAGGUGUGAUAGAAUUGCCCCCACCACGUUAAAACAUUGUGGACCAACAAAUCCAAGAAGGUCAUGACUGUUACUCUGAGCUAGCCUAGGGGGAGGAAUUAAAAAAGAUUCAGCUCACCACCUUUGUUCUCUUAUGAUGCAAAAAGAAAGAAAGAAAGAAAGAGAAAGAAAGAAAGAAAAAGAACAAAUGUGGUUGGAGGAGAAUGCUCUCAUCUCAUCUGUUGGUCUAACAUGUUAGUGAUACAGGUUCUUAAUCCCACUAUUUUGCUUGGCCCCUAACUAGAAUGAUGCCAUAUUUGGGAAUUAAAUCUAACCCUGUAUGUCUGAAAUGAGGAUACUUCCUGUUUGAUUCCAGAGAAAACUCAUUCCCUGGGAAAAGAAGAUCCAUUUUACACUUGUAUUUUCUAAAAUUUGCUGAUCAGGUUUGAGUAUUUGCUUAUUUCUUUAACUACUUUAGAUUGAAAUGAACGUUUGGGCCAGAGUGAUGUAAAAAAAAGGGCAGCCAAGAAUUUGGCACAAAGUCCAAGAUUUCUAGAGUCUUUAUGGCUUUUAAUCAGGUUGUAAGGACUAGAUAAGUUUCUACGGGUCAGAAAUACGGACUUGCUAUUUGAGAGUUUAAGUGGCAGUAAAUUAAAUGUUUUAUUUUUCUUCUUCCCCAACAUGAAAUGUUUUCCUUUUCUUGUAAACUGAUCUCUAAUGAAGAAUUUGUAGAACCAAGCACAGGGGAAGGAAAUCAACCUCAGAGUUGUGUUCAUUGACAACAGAAUAGAUUGAAAGGUGUUUGGGACAAAAGGGAAGAUGGUUUAGUAUGGCUGAACUGAUGGGGGGGUCUUCCUUUCUCUUUUUAAAUCAAACAAAUGACCAAACAAGGGGAAAAUAAUAAAUUUUAAAAGGUGAAACUGAAACAAAAAAGAAAACCCAACAAAAAUUUUAAAAGAUUUUACAAAUCUAUUUUUAUAAAAAAGGAAAAGAGACCUUGCUGGAAAUUUUUACUGGGAUUCUUGAACUUCAUACACAGUCACUAAUAACAAAUUCCAAAGGGGGGAAACAAACAAGCCACUAAGUGCGAUUGCUGUGCAUGGUCCAAUCAUUCCUUCCAUUGGGCCUUUUCAGACAAUUAACAAAGAUACCACACACCUACCAAGAUUGCUAGGAAAUCUUAGGCAUCACCUGAUGUGUCCCCAUGCACUGAAUUAGGAUAGGGGUGUUAGUAUUGCUGUAAACUGUGUUGUGGGCAGAGGGUGGGGACAGGAUAGCCAAGGACUGUUGGCUUUUCCAGUUGAAGCUGGAAAGGGUCCAUCCUAAAACCGGCAUCUUCCUCUUGGUCCAUUUCACCCAGCUUAGUGAAAAGGUAGGGCAGCUCAGAGGUGGGGCUGAGCUGGCUUUUCUAUGUAGGACAUCUGAGAUCAACAUGGAGUGGGUCAGUGUCCCAUGGUUCGCAGGGGAGCACGCAGCACCUGAGACACUUUAAAAAGUUAAAAAUAAAAAGGAAAUAAUUAGCAGCAGAGAGAUGGAGAUCAGAGAAAAAUCAGGUUCUUCGACAGAGAUGUCACGGGCACAACCUCAGGAAAGGCAGCUGUCUACCUGCACACAUACUUUCUCAACAGUAAUGGGCAGGUGCUGAGACAAGGCAUUUUCCCCAAACAGGAGCAUUGCAAGAAGGGGUCUACACUAUUUAAGACAACUGAGCAUCAAGUGCAUG